AUGGGUUCAAACUCAACCCUACAUGCAGCAAUACUAACCAGUCCAGGGCUCGGCCACAUCAUUCCGGUCAUCGAGCUCGGAAAACGCCUCAUCGCCGCAAACCGAAACGUCACCGUAACAAUCUUCGCCAUGUCUUCCACUUCACAAGCCGAGUAUCAGACCAUCAAAGAAGCCACGUCGACAGCGAAGCUCAACGUCGUGGAGCUCCCUCCGGUUGACAUCUCUGGCCUCGUCCAUCCAAAAGCCGCCGUAGUCACGUGCCUUGCCGUCUGGAUGAGAGAGAUACGACCUGUAUUCCGAUCGGCGCUUCAGGAUAUGGCUUCUCCUCCUACCAUGCUCAUCGUGGACUUUUUCGGCACCGAAUCGUUGCCUAUCGCGGAUGAGUUAGGGAUUCCUAAGUUCGUUUACGUUCCUUGCAAUGCAUGGUUUCUCGCUCUCAUGACGUACUCUCCAACCCUAGACAAGGAAGUGGAAGGAGAGUACGUGGACCGAACCGAACCGCUCAAAAUUCCGGGCUGCAGACCGGUCCGGCCUGAAGAAGUCGCUGACCCGAUGCUGGACAGGACCAACCAGCAGUAUUCUGAAUACAUACGAUUUUGUGGUGAGAUUCCUCUCUGUGAUGGGAUUUUUCUGAAUACUUGGGAGGAGUUGCAGCCUACAACACUAGCUUCGUUUAGAGACGAGAAGCUCUUGGGUGGAGUGAUUAAAAUGGUACCGGUUUAUCCGAUCGGACCGCUAACCAGGGCGGUGCGAUCGCGAUCAGGCCAUCCGAGGGUUGAUCAGGACUUGUUUGAGUGGCUUGACAAACAACCUAGUGAGUCGGUGUUGUUUGUGUCCUUAGGGAGUGGAGGGACCUUGUCUUAUGAGCAAAUGACUGAGAUGGCUUGGGGUUUGGAGUUGAGCCAACAAAGAUUUAUCUGGGUUGUACGGCCACCCACAACAAAAUCCGAUGCUGCAUUUUUCACUUCAGGAAAUGGUGACGGUGACCUAUCAACUUAUUUCCCAGAAGGGUUUCUGACCCGGACCAGCGGUAUAGGAUUGGUUGUGCCUCUUUGGGCACCUCAAGUCGACAUCUUAGGCCAUCCGUCGGUCGGAGGGUUUAUUACUCAUUGUGGGUGGAACUCAGCGCUAGAGAGUGUGACAAAUGGGGUGCAGAUGAUUGCUUGGCCGCUCUACGCGGAGCAGAGGUUGAACGCCACGUCGUUGACUGAGGAGCUCGGGGUGGCGGUCCGAUCAGAGGUGCCUCCGUGGAAGAAAGUGGUCGGUAGGGAGGAGAUAGAGAGGAUGGUGAGGAAGAUCAUAGUGGAGAAAGAUGGGUUUAAAAUAAAGAGCAGGGUGAAAGAGCUAAAACAAAGUGGAGAAAAGGCUUUAAGGGAAGGUGGUUCGUCAUAUAAUGCCCUGUCUCAAAUGGUAAGUAAAGCAAUGCAAGAUUUGCAGAUGAAGGAUCAAUGAUCAUGCUAAUGAAAGUACGAAAUGUGUGUGUGAUGAUGUAAUAAAUUAAGCUCGUGCCAUUAUAUAGUGCCUCAUGCAUGAGCUUGUAUGUAUUUUGUGAAUUUAAUUUGCUCUUUGUCAAUAUAUUUUGCUUGUACUCGUUCAGACUAC